AUGGUUACUAUUGAGGAACUUGAAGAAGACGAAUGUCUCAGUCUUUAUUGUAAAAAUUCGAUUUUAAUGGAUCUAGCCGGGGAAGUCAUCGAAGAAAUCAGUGAAACAAGAGAGCUAAUGAUGGAUGAGAUAGAACUGAUUCAAAUCGAGAAUCUGAUUGCGUUUCAAGUUAAAAUGGAAAAAGAAACAAAAGAAAACGAAGAAAUUUAUGAGAAAACCCAGAAGAAAAACGAAGAAGAGAAGGUGAAACUGGAAAAAGAGUUGGAAGAUUUUCUGGAAGUAAAGAUAGAAGAGAAGAGGAAAUUGAUGGAAAUUAAUAGGAAAGAGAAAGAAAAUCGAGUAAAUAUCGAAAAGAUUUUUGAUAUUGUCAGAAAUUGGACUGAUAUAGAUUUCGUGUUCAGCCAACUUCUCGGAAUGCGAGAAGCUUUGAAAAGCACGAAAAGACUUAAUGAAAAUAAUGAAAACCACAAAAGAAAUACGGAGAAAAUAGAACAUCGUAUGCUGAACAGAGUUCACUACAUACUGAAAUUGCACAAAUCAAAUGUUAAACUUGUGAAAGAAGUUUUGGAAUCAAUCAAUGCAUUUUUGGAUUUUGUGGAAUUGGGAAUGAAUGAAUCGUAUCGAACUGGAUUGGUAAUUGUAUUGAAUUCUAUGAAAAAUAUUCCAUUUUGGACUCUAAAAGAAGAAAGUUGUAUGGAUCGAGGGAUAGAUCAUAUUCAAGAGACAGUUCGAGAAAUCAGAGAUCAAUUCUUCAAAUUGCCGUUAUGUCAACUGAGGUCUCGAAAGUCGAUCAGACAAUUAUUGUGGGAUGAAAUUGACUCAUUUGAUAUUUCUGUGGAUUUUGAAAAGUUGAAAAUAAAAUAA